AAUUGUUGAUUGUUGUUGUAUUGAAAUAGCUUAAAAUCGAAUCAAUUUGAUCAAUAGAUUCGAUAUUCGAAUUUGUAACGAAUUCAUGAACAAACAAAGACCAAAUUUUGUGAGAAAUUUCUCCAUAAUGAUGAUGAUCAUGAUAAUAACAAUGGCUUUUGGUCAAAAUGAUGAUGAUCAUGAUGAAUAUGGUGAUCAAAAUUGUCAUCUAACAAUCAAUGGUACAAAGAACUGUGAUUCAGAUCACAAUGAAACAUUUGUACAUAUCGGUGGUUUAGGAACAUAUCCAUCCAUGAAUAUUAAUGUUUGGGAAACAAAACAAAAUCAAUCAUCAUUAACAUUUAUUGUAUGGAUUGGUUUCGUCAUUAUGUUGUCGAUAUUUAUUUUCUUUUCAAUCUAUUUAUUAUAUGUUCCAAGGAAAGAUACAUCAUCACCACAUCGAAAAAACAGAUAUAAAAAUAAUCAAGGUAAAACACUCAAUACAAUGGAUACAACGGUUUAUAGUAAAAAAUUGGCAAUGUUUAAUCCAAAUAUUGUACGUACAUCAAUACGUCAUAGUGAUAUACAUGGUAUCACGGAAUUUGGUUCCACAACAUCUGAAUCAAUACAAUCAUUUAAAUCGAAUGAAGAUAAUAUUAGUAUGAAACGACAACAACAACAACAACAAUAUCAACAAAUGGAUCAUGGACCAAUACGUUCACCACCGGAUUUUGGCCAAGAUCAUCAACAAUUCUAUAAUUCAUUGGGUGGUGGAUUCAUUGUACGACAUGAUCUAAAUAAACAACAACAACAACAGCAGCAGCAACAGCAACAAUUUCCGUUGGUGAAAAAAAUCCGAACAACAAAACUAAGAUAAGUCAAAUAAAAAAUCACCAAGGUCGUUGGUGAAUUUUUAAAAA